UGCGCGCGGCCUCGCCGGCGGCGCGGCGGCGAUGGAUUUCCCGUGGAUGGACCUGCCCUUCACCUUCCUCACCCUGCUCCUGGCCACCCGCCUCGCCUACGACUACUACGGCGUCGUCGCCGCCACCUUCACCGGCAGCUUCUCCCUCCAGAUCUUCCUCUUCUACUGCUUCGCGCGCUGGUACAACCAGACCAUGCGCCCCCGCGCCGACCUGCUCCCCUCCACGUCGCGGCAGCACGACGACGCCGGCGGCGGCCCGCCCGUCCUGACCCCGCUGCUGGAGGCGAAUUCCGGAGCCGGCGCCGGCGCCGCCGCGGCCGCGGGGACACUUCUGGCCAACCGCUGCCUCGCCUUCGUAUUCAUGGUCUUCGUCCCCCUCAUCAUCGUCGUCUUCGAGCGGAGCCAGGCGGACGUCGUGGCCUACGGCCUCUGCCUCGUCAACAUCGUCGUCAUGGUCAUCUGGCUCUCGCCCGACUCCGCGGGCUCCAUGUCCGCCGCCAAGUCGUUCCUGAGGCUCAGCGACGACGAGGACGACGACGGCGGCAGCGGCGGCGGCAGCGCCGAGGAGGACAAGUGCUGCGUCUGCCUCGCCGGCAUGCGGGAGGAGCAGAGCCUCCGGGACCUGCCGCGCUGCGGCCACCGCUUCCACGACAAGUGCAUCGGCAAGUGGCUCAGGGCCGGCCACCCGACCUGCCCCGUGUGCCGGGCGCUCGCCCUGCCGCCGCCGGCCCGAUACGCUGACCCGCUUGAUGACUCCAUUAGCCCUGUCUAGCUCUGCUUAUGAUCUGCAUCCAAUCUGGAAAUCAUUCCUAGACAAGAUCAGAUUAUCAGAUGCAGGCAACGCGCAGGUAUUGGCUAGUAGUCUGUUGAUGAUGUGCAGUUCGCUGAACCCAUUGUUUGGGUCGACUGGAAAUGUUCAGUUGUACUAGUACACUAUUUUUUGACAUGAUGUUCAGUUGUACAGGCCUGUAAAUAACAUCUCUUGCUCUCAAUAUUUUGUUGAUACCGAAGUCGUGCACGUUUUGCGAAAAUGUGCAAUGAUUGUACAUUCUAUUCA